AUAGCUAUACGUGACAGUAUUUGAGUAAUGUUUCUAGUCAUGAUCUAAUUUCACAAGUUUCUCUGCAAAGGUUUUUGAACAGACUUUGAAUCCUGUGUGUCGGGUGAAAGGUCAAGCGGCCAUCUUUGAAGCGAUCCAGAGAGCUGUGGUGCUUUCUAGAAAGCUAGUUAGUUAGCUAGCUACUAUACUAGUACUAUAGCUAACGAAAAAAACGUACGUUUGAAAGUAACGUUACAGCUACAUGUAUUCAAACGGCACAUUUACUAAAUUAUGAAUAGAUGUAUUGGUGAGUAACUUACAUCUAGUAUCGUAGUAGCUAGCUAGUAAACAAAGCCAGUGUGGAUAGGUUAGCUAGCUUGCUAGGCUACCUAGGACUUUCUAGUUGGCUAUUUGUAAACAGAUAGCUACUAUAGUUGUCUAGCUAGGUAAACAAGCUUGCACACUCAUCAUUGUAAAUGCGCGUGUAUAUUUUACACGAUUUUGUAACUAUCUUGUUAGGGAAGAUAAGCAUAGACUAUUAGCUACUAGUAGCUAGACAGUUUCAUGCAGCAGGUUGCGUGUUUAACUGGCGGGAACUUUGCUUUUGAGGACAUUGUUGGUUUCCUCAGUUAACCUCCAAGAAAGUUGUGGGUUGAGGUAACGGUACAUCAAAGAGUACUUUCUGCGCACAUCAUGUCUUCUUUUUCUGAGUCUGCGUUGGAGAAGAAGCUUUCGGAGCUCAGCAACUCUCAACAGAGCGUUCAGACGCUGUCUCUGUGGAUCAUUCAUCAUCGCAAACACUCGCCGCUCAUCGUCAAAGUAUGGCACAGAGAACUGAAGAAAGCAAAAAGCAGCAGGAAGUUGACUUUCCUGUAUCUUGCCAAUGACGUGAUUCAAAACAGCAAGAAGAAAGGUCCAGAGUUCGCCAAAGACUUUGAGACGGUCCUUGUUGAUGCUUGCUCUCAUGUUGCAAGAGAGGCAGAUGAUGGCUGCAGAAGGCCUAUGGACAGGCUGCUCACUAUCUGGCAGGAGCGCAGCCUCUACAAGGCAGAGUUCAUCCAGCAGCUGAAGCUUGCCAUCGAAGACUCAAACAGCCCCCAACACCAACCCACAGAGGAGAAGAAGGCCCCUAAACGGACCUAUCAGAAGAUGAUCCAAGAGCCGGAGGAAGAGGAAGACGAUGACUACAGGGGCAACAUGUCCCCACAGGAUUCAGACAUCUCAGGGCCACAGCUGACGGAGGAGCUGGUCAAAGCCCUGCAGGACCUGGAGAAUGCUGCCUCGGGUGAUGCUGCUGUGCGCCAGAAGAUUGCCUCUCUGCCACAGGAGGUGCAGGAUGUGUCCCUGCUAGAGAAGAUCACUGAUAAGGAGGCAGCUGAUAAACUUUCUAAGACGGUGGACGAGGCCUGUCUACUGCUGGCUGAGUAUAACGGACGUCUGGCUGCUGAGCUGGAGGACAGGAGGCAGCUGGCGCGCAUGCUGACAGAGUACAUCGGUAGCCAGAAGGAAGCCCUCACCGAGAGGGAGAAGAAACUAGAAGAGUACAAACAGAAGCUGGCACGGGUCACCCAGGUGCGCAAGGAGCUCAAGUCUCACAUCCAGAGCCUGCCUGACCUCUCUCUGCUGCCCAAUGUGACGGGAGGCCUGGCCCCUCUACCCUCUGCUGGAGACCUGUUCUCCACCGACUGAGCUUCCUGCUCCCUGUCACACCCUGCCUCUCGCCAGGGCACACACUCCCUGUCGAACCCGCUCACUAGCUACUGAACCCUAGGGAGAGACUGAGAGGGACAGUGGAAGCUUGGGGACAUUCCCGGUGGGAGAGACAAUGGUCGUUGAACAUUCCGUUCCACCAGCUUGGACAAAUCUCCUUUUUGUUUUUAUUCUGAACGCCAGUCAAACACCAGCUAACUGAUUCUGUGUUGAAGAGAGAAGUUGGUCAUUAGCCAAUCCCCAUUUUUGUGCUCAUAUGGUGAGAUGGUGGCUCGCACACACACUAGAUCAUGUGUCCAACUCAUUCCAUAGAGGGCCGAGUGUCUGGGAUUUCUUUCCUCCCUUGUACUUGAUUGAUGAAAUAAGG